CGAAUCGAAAGUGUGUGUGAGGGUUUGUUUGCGGCUCACGUGAUUUAUACAAGCGCAAGGGAGAACCUGACCGUGGAAUAAAACUACGGUAGCGUAUCGAUACUUCAAUACCGACGUUACCUGAACACCUUUUAAAAAGGCAAAGAACCCAAAAUGGAAAGUGCAGAAACAAAGGAGGAAGUCACAGAAACGAUGACAGAACACACUGUAACUGGAUUCCAGAUCCGGCAUGUGAAGGGAGACCUGUUCUCCUGUCCGCAGAGCGAGUCUCUGGCUCAGUGCAUCAGCGAGGACUGCCGCAUGGGGGCUGGGAUAGCCGUGCUCUUCAAGAGGAAAUUCGGGGGCGUCCAGGAGCUGCUGGGACAGAAGAAGCAGCCUGGUGAGUGUGCAGUGCUCAGAAGAGGAAAACGCUUUGUUUACUAUCUGAUCACAAAGAAGAAGGCUCACCAGAAACCGACCUACGAGAGCCUGCGAAAGAGCUUGGAAGCCAUGAGGGAGCACUGUGUCAGUAAUGAAGUCAGAGAACUGUCAAUGCCCAGGAUUGGCUGCGGACUGGAUCGUCUGGAUUGGAAGAAGGUGGCAGUGAUGAUAGAAGAGGUGUUCCAAGAUACUGACAUCCAGAUCACUGUGUACACUCUGUGAGAGGCAGCGUGGGCCGAGCUGGGACUGGAGCCACUUGCACUGGCAUUGACCCUUCCACCCUGGCUGCCAUUGCCAUCUAGUCAGUUCUGUCUGACUGCAGAUUCAGCUUCUGGUUGAUUCGGCUCAUUGGCAGCCUGUAACAGGUUUUUAAAUCUUUGCACCUUACACUAAUUGUAGCAAAAGUGGGAGAGUGUUGGGUUACUGUAGCAAGAUUUUUCCAGGAUAAGAGUCUGAUGUGAAAUAUAAUCCCUUUUUUCUUUAAAGAUGAGAAAAUAUUGUUUUGUUAUGAGUUCUUAAAAGAAAACUGACAGUGUAAAAGAAAACAUUUUGAUUCAUGUUUAAAUCUCAGAUUUUUCAGGUAAUUUUUUUUUAUUCUCUUUUUUUUUGAAGAAAUCAUUAAUAUGAGGUUGUCAUGAAAAUGUUUUAUGAAAGUCUAGUGUCGUUUCUUUUGUAUAUUGUAAAGCUACAGCACUUUGAUGGGUCUCCGGGAGCAUUGCAAUGAAGGAGUUCAGUGAAUACUGAUGUUGUUGUUCUUGUUAAUGAAGUAUUAGUGACAUUGUUAGUUAUGAUGCAGAUGGCUAUGGUGUCAUGUCUGUAUUGCAGAGAUGAGAGUUCAUCACAGUACAGAGGAUAUGUGCCUGCAUGCCUGAACUGAUAGCCAGCAUGCAGCUACAGUACUGCCAAUACAUUCUGGGUUUGCACAGUGGGUUACCGUAUCUGAUUAUCAUCACUGUAGACCAAAGUGGGUUUACUGUUAAAUAGAAGAGAUGGAAAAAAUGUAAAUAUAAGGGAAGGGUGUUUAUGUUAAGAUCUGUGAUGCAAUGGUAAGCCACUGGGUGGCACUGUAUGCUGUUAAAUAAAUCCAUUUAAACAGACCAUUGUUACAGAAGUUGGCUACCAGUUAGAUCUGUGUCUUAAUUGACAGUCAUAUUAAGAGCCGGAUUUAAAACACACAGUGAUGAAAGGGAAGGGUUUUAGAAAGUAAUAUUCAGCUUCGUUGAUCGUCCCCAACAAGAUUGUUUGAUUGGGACCCCUGUUACCGCUGAUUGAUCCCAGCGCUCCGUAGAGCCCCCGGGGUCAAACACUGAGCGCUCAGAACCUUAUUCUGAGGAAGAGGUUAGCAGUGAUUACGCAGGGUGAGUGACAGACACGCCAGGAGAGCAAGUGGCCUGGCUGCUGUUACUGCCUGUCACACUAAAAAUAAACCGAUCAGCCUCCGAAAGAAAGUCCAGGACCCUAAUUCGUUAUUUCAGAAAAGAGCUCGAGCAGAUUCCUGGUAUUUGUUUGCAGCACGUUAAUACGCUGUGGUGACGUGAAUGCCUUGGAAAAGGGGGAAAAAGAACAUCUUAAAAGAAGCUUCAUUCAACUGUUCCAAGUCUCCCCACACCCCUCCUCUAGAUCCAGAAACACAUAGAAAUAUUGUGUAGGUCAUG